AUGGCUUCCUCGCGCUCCAGCGCUUUUCGGGACGGGCGGGCGACGGGCAACAAGGAGAUAGCAGCCAUUUCUGCCGACCGGCUGGCCGGCAGGAAGCCGGAGGACGACAGCGUCCCAAUGGAGAACAUGAGCUUUGUGAUGAACUAUAAUAUGCAAGGGAUGAAUAAGACGAUUCCUGAGCUCUUCGCAAUGCUAAAGGCUGCGGAGGUAGAAAUCAAGAAGGAGCAUCAAGUGUUGAUGGUCAACAAGACCACCAGUUUCAAGAAAAAGGGUAAAGGGAAGAAGGGGAACUUCAAGAAGAAGGGGAACUUCAAGAAGAACGGCAAGCAUGUUGCUGCCCAAGUGAAGAAGCCCAAGUCUGGACCUAAGCCUGGGACUGAGUGCUUCUACUGCAAAGGGACUGGUCACUGGAAGCGGAACUGCCCCAAGUAUUUGGCGGAUAAGAAGGAUGGCAAGGUGAACAAAGGUAUAUGUGAUAUACAUGUUAUUGAUGUGUACCUUACUAAUGCUCGCGGUAGC